AUGACGGGGAGGGCGGCGGAUGAGGAGGACGACGUGACGGGGAGGGCGGCGGAUGAGGAUGACGUGACGGGGAGGGCGGCGGAUGAGGAGGAGGAGGACGACGUGAUGGGGAGGGCGGCGGAUGAGGAUGACAUGACGGGGAGGGCGGCGGAUGAGGAGGAGGACGACGUGACGGGGAGGGCGGCGGAGGAGGAGGAGGACGUGACGGGGAGGGCGGCGGAGGAGAAGGACGGCGCGAUGGGGAGGGCGGCAGAGGAGAAUGACGACGUGACAGGGAGGGCGGCGGAUGAGGAGGACGACGUGACGGGGAGGGCGGCGGAGGAGGAGGAGGACGUGACGGGGAGGGCGGCAGAGGAGAAGGAGGACGACGUGCUGGGGAGGGCGGCGGAGGUUGGAGGACCACGUGACGGGGGGGCGGCGGAGGAGGAGGAGGACGGUGUGACGGGGAGGGCGGCGGAUGAGGAGGAGGACGACGUGACGGGGAGGGCGGCGGAGGAGGAGGAGGACGUGACGGGGAGGGCGGCGGAGAAGGACGGCGCGAUGGAGAGGGCGGCAGAGGAGGAUGACGACGUGACAGGGAGGGCGGCGGAUGAGGAGGACGACGUGACGGGGAGGGCGGCGGAGGAGGAGGAGGACGUGACGGGGAGGGCGGCAGAGGAGAAGGAGGACGACGUGCUGGGGAGGGCGGCGGAGGUUGGAGGACCACGUGACGGGGGGGCGGCGGAGGAGGAGGAGGACGGUGUGACGGGGAGGGCGGUGGAGGAGGAGGAGGACGGCAUGACGGGGAGGGCGGCGGAGGAGGACGACGUGACGGGGAGGGCGGCGGAUGAGGAGGACGACGUGACGGGGAGGGCGGCGGAGGAGGACAACGUGACGGGGAGGGCGGCGGAGGAGGACGACGUGACGGGGAGGGCGGCGGAGAAGGAGGAGGACGACGUGGCGGGGAGGGCGGCGGAUGAGGAGGAGGACGUGAUGGGGAGGGCGGCGGAGGACGACGUGACGGGGAGGGCGGCGGAGGAGGAGGAGCACGUGACGGGGAGGGCGGCGGAGGAGAAGGACGGCGCGAUGGGGAGGGCGGCAGAGGAGGAUGACGACGUGACAGGGAGGGCGGCGGAGGAGGACGUGACGGGGAAGGCGGCAGAGGAGGACGUGACGGGGAGGGCGGCGGAGGAAAAGGACGGCGCGAUGGGGAGGGCGGCAGAGGAGGAUGACGACGUGACAGGGAGGGCGGCGGAUGAGGAGGACGACGUGACGGGGAGGGCGGCGGAGGAGGAGGAGGACGUGACGGAGAGGGCGGCAGAGGAGAAGGAGGACGACGUGCUGGGGAGGGCGGCGGAGGUUGGAGGACCACGUGACGGGGGGGGGGGCGGCGGAGGAGGAGGAGGACGGUGUGACGGGGAGGGCGGUGGAGGAGGAGGAGGACGGCAUGACGGGGAGGGCGGCGGAGGAGGACGACGUGACGGGGAGGGCGGCGGAUGA